AUGGACUUUAGCGCGCCAAGCGGAAGCAUAAGUUGGCAGGUCUGUUUGCACUGACAACUCUGACAAAUGUCAAGCGCAGCCAACUUCACCUCUUUUCUCUCUCUUUUUGACGUGCUCUUAGCAUAUUAGCGCUCCAAAAUGACCAUUCGUCCAGCAUAUAGGCCCACGAUUGUGAAGAAGCGCACCAAGCACUUCAUUCGCCACCAGUCGGAUCGUUAUGCUAAGUUGUCGCACAAAUGGCGCAAGCCCAAGGGUAUCGACAACAGAGUGCGUCGUCGCUUCAAGGGCCAAUACCUGAUGCCCAACAUCGGUUACGGUUCCAACAAGCGUACCCGCCACAUGCUGCCCACAGGCUUCAAGAAGUUCCUCGUCCACAACGUCAAGGAACUGGAAGUGCUGCUUAUGCAGAACCGCGUCUACUGCGCUGAGAUUGCGCACGGCGUCUCGUCGAAGAAGCGCAAGGAGAUUGUUGAGCGUGCCAAGCAAUUGUCGGUGCGUCUAACAAAUCCCAACGGUCGUCUGCGUUCCCAGGAGAACGAAUAAGCUUAAGUUUACAAUUCGCUCUAACGGAGUUGUUUUUAUAACGUGGUCGGAAUACAAAUUUGAGACGUUUAAAGUGGAUAAACAAAAAAACAACAAA